GCGCACAUAACACGAGCCCGCGUGCCGACCCGGAAGUUAUUCGAGCGGUUGUCCAACGUGUUUACGGUGAGGCAGCUGCGUGUUAACAUCAUGGGUAAGUCCAAACAGGUAGGAAACCACAAAAGUGGCAAGAAGAAGCAUAUUGCCAAGACAUGGAAGACCAAGCGCAGAACAAAGGACCUUGACCAGAUUCAUGCAGACAUGAUCCCUGGAAAUGCUGCUAAGUUAUUAAAGCAAGAAGUAGAUUAUGAUGUUACAGGCAGUGCCCAGCAUUACUGUCUGCACUGCGCGAGAUAUUUUGUUGAUUUGAAAACCAUGAAAGAGCAUUUCAAGACCAAAGUUCACAAAAAAAGAUUGAAAAAGCUGAGGGAAGAGCCGUAUACACAAGCUGAGGCAGAGCGGGCAGCAGGAAUGGGCUCUUACAUCCCCCACAAAACCAUAGAGGUUCACACACAGCAAGUUGAGGAGAAUAUGGACUGAAAUCGACUACCUAUCUAUGGACUUUUCUGAGUAAAACCAUUAGGUCUGAGGACUCAGACCAACAGUUUAACUGUUUUCAGAGUUGAAAUUAAUUUAUGAUAAUGGAAAAACUCCUACAUUUAACCAGUGUCAGGUUUAAAAUUCCAGUGUCAGGUAUAUUACAAGUUAAAAUAAGUUGAUAUAAUAUUUGAUGUAUAUUCAUUCUCAGUAAAUUUGGACCCUGUUUGAUUUUGGAGAAGUUCUGGAACAGCUGACUACUUUCAUACACUUGUGAAAUUACGUUGUUAAAAUCAGCUUACAACAAGCAAACUUCUGGGACUGUAAACCUCAUAGUGUUUACUCUGUGUGAGUGUGUAUAUAUAAUAAAUGUGCUUUAAGAGAGCUGAAAUAAAAUUAUAAAUCCAGUAA